UACAAUGUACUUGUUAUGACAUUGCAUGACAAUGACAAAAUACUUUCAGCAUAUGGACUACCAGAUAAAAUAGUAGCACUUGUCAAAGCGUUCUAUAACAACUAUGAAUGCUUUUUUAUCCACAACGGAGAACAAUCUGAUUGGUUUAAUGUACAUACUGGAGUGAGGCAAGGCUGUAUUAUAUCUCCUCUUCUCUUUAUCACGGCUAUAGAUUGGUGCAUGAGAUUUACCCUCGGAAAUGAAAAUACUGGAAUAAGAUGGACAAUUCAAUAAUUUCUCGAAGACCUUGAUUUUGCCGAUGAUGUCUGUCUCAUCUCAAGCAACAAACAACAAAUGCAAAGAAAGACAACACGACUAGAAACAACUGCACAGUCUAUUGGUUUGGACAUAAAUGCAAAGAAGACAAAAGUAUUGGCGAUAAAUAAUACCUGUAAUACACCGAUAAGAAUCCAGGAUCAUGACAUCGAAGAAAUAGACAACUUCACAUACUUAGGUGCCAUCAUAAGUAAGGACAAUGGAACAUCUAAAGACAUAACAUCGAGAAUUAGCAAGGCAAGAUCAGCUUUUUGUCAGUUAAGACCUUUGUGGAGAUCAGGAAAAGUUUCCCUUAAAACUAAAGUAAAGAUCUAUAGCAGUAAUGUCAAGUCCAUAUUACUUUAUGGAGCAGAGUGCUGGAAACUUGUUCAGAGCGACCUUAAGAAGCUGUCAUCCUUCCAUAACACCUGCCUUAGGAGAAUCUGCAAAAUCUAUUGGUCGAAAAAGAUCUCUAAUAAAGACCUAUGGAGUAAAACAUCUCAAAAGAGCAUUCAUUUAGAAAUUAAACAACGCAGAUAGAGGUGGCUAGGGCACGCCAUGAGAAUGAACAAAGUAUGCCCAGCAAAUGUCGCUCUCAGAUGGACUCCUGAAGGGAAAAGAACGAGGGGAAGACCAAAAGAAACCUGGCGAAGAAUGAUAGAUGGAGAGUUGAAAGAGAUGGGACUAACCUGGAAAGAAGCAGAAAAGAAGAUGAACUUCAGUGAAAUGGAUAACAAUGAGGGUUGGAGUCGCAGUAAUUCAAAUAUCUCCAGGGAUCUACAGAACUGGAAUGCGUACAUGUCAUCGGUAUAUCUCCCAACAACUGUGUUGGUGACGAUAUGCUUUUCAGUGGGUCUGAUCGCUAACUCCACAGUACUUCUUGUUUUUGUAGUACGCCUACGUAACUCCCGCGACGACCGUUAUUUUAUUCCUUAUCUAUCAGCUGUUGAUUUACUCGGUCUUUCUCUCAAUGUUAUUGGGAUAUGGAUGGAAUAUUUCCAUAGUGUACGCGAAAGCAGUGAAUCUCACCAUGCGUGCAAAUUGCUGUGGUACUUCUGCUCUGCUAUUGGGUGUUUGUCUGCAUUCAUUCUGAUUGGUAUUGCAAUUCAGAGGUAUGUGAAAGUAUGCAGGCCUUACAAAAAGGAAAUGACACUGAAAUACAGACGUUUAUUUCUUAUUGCGGCUCUCUUGAUUUCGGUAACCGUCGCCUUUCCUUUCAUACCAUUUUACGACCUCGUUCCAACAUACAGUUCUAAAUUCAAUGCAACAGGUUAUAUAUGCAAACAAGACCAAACUCGGUGGGAAAAUAAUGGACCUGUCGUGUACAGCAUAACUAUUUCCUCUCUCAUCUUCAUUAAUAUUUCAUGUCUGGUGAUUCUGUAUAGCUUAAUCGGAAGAACAAUUUAUCAGCAAACGAGGCUGAAAAAGAAAAGACGAUCAAGUGCCAAGAGGAGGGUGGAUCUGCUAGCAAAAGAAUCGAACAUGGAUUCAGAAUACCCAACCAUUUUGAACGACCACAUUCAUAAUGAUGACGUAUCGGAAUACUGCGAAUGGACAUUAGACAAACGUCUCGACGAUAUGUCGUCUGCAGCCGAUGCCAAAAUUAGCCAAAAUGAGAAAUCAAAAACAGUAUCAUUAAGGCAAUAUUACCAAACUCUCAACAAAAGGGUAGACAGGUUUACGUGCAUGUUUCUUGCAAUCACUGUCGUUGCUAUGGUAAGCUACAUCCCCAAAGCCGCUAUACUUAUCGUUGAGUCGUUAGAUAACGCUUUUUGGGAUGAUUUAACCGAUACUGAAAGGAGUUUUGCAGUGUUGAUCUACAGAUUUCAUGUUCUCCACCAUGCAAGCAACGCUUUCAUUUAUGGUUAUUUUGACACAAGGUUUCGAUCUGAAAUACGAAACACGUUAAGGGUGAUAAUACGGAGAUAACGCAAUACAAACAACUGAGGAAAUAUUUUAAAAGGUUUCUAUUGAAAAUGUAAUACAAACAGCUACAUGUAGGGGAAGAUAUAAAGAGGUUUUUUUCAAGACUGUAGUUCUGAUGAUCGGAAUACUGGAACAUCACCGAGGAAUGCCAAAUACUAGAAUAAAAGUUCUAAUUCUUCGAAAUAUUGGUGAAACUGAUCUAACACUACCUAUUUCAAAAUAGUUACCAUCUUUUUGUUUCUUUCUGAAGUCGGCAGUCCAAGAACGAUACAAGAUGGUUAACAAAGUAGGGAACUUCGAGGGGAGGGGGCAUCGUUAACUAUGGGGAACAGUGUGUUUCAUGGAUUUUCUAUUUUAAAAAUAUCCGAGAUGAGUGUAUUUGGGGGAUUAUUCCAUCGUACCUGUCGUAAUCAAUGCAAAAUCGUUAAAAAUAUCUGCUUUAUCUAUCCCAAAUAUGAUCAGUAUCUUAAAAUGACACUUAAAAUUUUAAUAUCUGAUGAUUUAAUUCAUUCAUUUUGGCAAUUCAGAAGAAUCGUUUUGUGAAUGUAAGAGUUCCAUCUUACUAUCGUUUAGAGAAUGUGAAGGUUCUAUCCUACUAUCAUUUAGUGAAUGUGAAGGUUCCAUACUAGUAAUAUAUAGCGAAUGUGAGAAUUCCAUCCUAUUAAAUGUGGGGGUUCCAUCCUAGUUUUAUUUAGUGAAUCGAAAUAUAGGGCUCACGGCGAGUGUAACCGGUCGAAAGGGAAUGCUUACUCCUCCUAUACACCUGAUCCCACCUCUCCUAUGUUCGUGGGUUCGUGCUUGGCCUACUCUGAAUUUUGUAUUGUUUGUAGCAGUUAUAAGAUUUAUCACUGUUCGUUAUCUUCACCUUUCUUUUAUAAAAUGUGAUGGUUCGAUACUAAUGUCAUUUAGUGAAUGUUAGGGUUCCAUCCUAAUGUGUGUGUUGGUUUAAUGCUAGUGAAUGUGAAGGCUUUAUCCUAGUGAGUGUGGAGGAUCUAUCCUAGUGAAUAUGAGGGUUUUAUUCUAGUGAAUGUGAGGGUUUUAUCCUAGUAAAUGUGAGGGUUUUAUCCUAGUGAAUGUGAGGGUUUUAUCCUAGUGAAUAUGAGGGUUUUAUUCUAGUAAAUGUGAGGGUUUUAUCCUAGUGAAUGUGAGGGUUUUAUCCUAGUGAAUAUGAGGGUUUUAUUCUAGUAAAUGUGAGGGUUUUAUCCUAGUAAAUGUGAGGGUUUUAUCCUAGUGAAUUUAAUGGCUUUAUCCUAGUCAAUGUGAGGGUUUUAUCCUAGUCAAUGUGAGGGUUUUAUCAUAGUGAAUGGGAGGGUUUUAUCCUAGUCAAUGUGAUGGUUUUAUCCUAGUGAAUAUGAGGGUUUUAUCCUAGUGAAUUCGAUGGUUUUAUCCUAGUGAAUGUGAGGGUUUUAUCCUAGUGAGUGUGAUGGCUUUCUCCUAAUGAUUUUAUCCCAGUGAAUGUGAGGGUUUUAUUCUAGUGAAUGUCGGGGUUUUAUCCUAGUGAAUGUGAGGGUUUUAUUCUAGUGAAUGUCGGGGUUUUAUCCUAGUGAAUGUGAGGGUUUUAUCCUAGUGAAUGUGAGGGUUUUAUCCUAGUGAGUGUGAGAGUUUUAUUCUAGUAAGUGUGACGAUUUUAUCCUAGUGAAUGUGAGGGUUUUAUCCUAGUGAAUGUGAGGGUUUUAUCCCAGUGAAUGUGAGGACUCUAUUCUAGUGAGUGUGGGUUUUUUUAUCCUAGUAAGUGUGAGGAUUUUAUCCUAGUGAAUGUGAGGGUUUUAUCCUAGUGGGUGUGAUAGUUUUAUACUAGUAAGUGUGAGGAUUUUAUCCCAGUGAAUGUGAGGGUUUUAUCCUAGUGAAUGUGAGGGUUUUAUCCCAGUGAAUGUGAGGACUCUAUUCUAGUGAGUGUGGGGUUUUUAUCCUAGUGAGUUUGAGGGUUUUGUAAUGGUCAUAAAAGGUUUUCAUCUGGUCAUCCAUUAAUGUAAUCCCAUAUAAGGGUUAUCUCUGGUCACCCAAUGAUGUAAAUAUCAUAUAAGGGUUUCCUUUGGUCACCCAAUGAUGUAAGUGUCAUAUAAGAGUUACCUCUGGUCAACCAAUGAUGUAAAUGUCAUGUAAGGUUACCUCUGGUCAACCAAUGAUGUAAAUGUCAUAUAAGGGUUACCUCUGGUCACCCGUUGAUGAAAAUGCCAUAUAAGGAUUAAUUACCUCUGGUCACCCAAUGAUGUAAAUGUCGUAUAAGGAUUAUCUCUGGUCGCCUAUUGAUGUAAUGGUCAUACAAGGGUUACUUCUGGUCACCUAUUGAUAUAAAUGUCAUAUAAGGGUUUCCCCUGGUCCCCAAUUGAUGUAAAUGUCAUAUAAGGGUUACCUCUGGUAACUCAUUGAUGUAGUGGUCAUAUACCCAUGGACUCUGGUCACCUAUUGAUGUAAUGGUCAUGCAAGGGUUACAUCUGGUCACCAUUGAAAAAAUUGAUAGAAAGGUGUCCUGAGGUAACCGACAUCUCAGUGUAUGGAUGACCUUCGAUCACCCUUGUUUAUAAUUCUACUUCUAUUUGAAAUACAUAGCCAAGUAACAGGUAGAGUGACCACAUGACCAAGCUCCUGCUAAGUCCGAAAUUCAUACUUCCUGUUAUCUCUUAUACACAUCUUACACACACGCCUUAAAUAUGUCAUAUUUUCUAUUCACAACAAAUCUAAUGAACAAUUACAAAGUCAAACCAUAACAUAAUUUAGACAAUUUACCCAUGGACCAUCUGAAGAUAAAUGUGGACAGCACUUACUUAGGUUUGGUGAAAAUAUGCCCAGUAGAUAAGAAAAUUUACAAACAGACAAAUAAUCAAAAAAGCUCACCUUAUUCUUUAGCUCAGGUGAGCUAAACAUUUCACCUUGACACUGUUGUAGCAUCAUGAGAUAUAAUCAACCGUAACAUAAUUUUCAUGUCUGAAAUCAAUAGGUGACCAGAGGUCACCCUCUAUGUGCAACAUUAUCUUACAAUUCUCUGUAAACAAAUUACAAAUAAAUAAAAGGACGAUAUUCCAA